AUGAGGUUUCUACUGACCCGGUUAAAAGAGUUCUGUGGAGAGUUUCUGAAGAAGAAGCUCAACCUCUCCAACUGCGUUGCGGUUCACAGCUUAGCCCACAUGUAUUCCUUGAAUCAGCUGGCCCUCAAAGCUCAGGAUAUGAUCAGGAGAAACUUUUACAAAGUUAUCCAAGAUGAGGAAUUCUACACUUUGCCCUUUCACCUCAUCAGAGACUGGCUGUCAGACUCGGAGAUCACAGUGGACUCUGAAGAAAUCCUCUUUGAGACUGUUUUGAAGUGGGUUCAGAAAAAUCCUGAGGAAAGAGAGAGGUACUUUGAAGAUCUCUUUAAGCUACUUAGAUUGUCUCAGAUGAAACCCACUUACCUUACUCGCCACGUCAAAUCUGAAAGGCUGGUAUCAAGCAAUGAAGCCUGUGUUAAAUUAGUGUCUGAAGCCGUGGAGAGUCAUGCCUUGCGGUCUGAGAACCUGCAGUCUGGUAAUCUACAACAUUCCGCUUGUCCCGUAGCGUUGUUGCCGCGUUUUGGACAAAACAUGGAUGUCAUUAUGGUGAUUGGUGGUGUAUCGGAGGGAGGAGAUUACUUGAGUGAGUGCGUAGGGUAUUUCAUCGAUGAAGAUAGCUUUCUGAGCUGAUACUUCUCAAUUUUCCAAUUCAGCAGGCAACCUAGAUCAUAUCUGAAACACUGGGUAAGUCUUUCAACCACAUAGAGUGUAUAGGUUUCUCUGAUGUGUACAUCCCUUAAUGCUCUACUUUGCAGUUCACUUGCCACUUUUGAUAUCAAUAACUUGUCUUUUUGUAAUAGAAUAAUCUAGCCUUCGUUAAAAAAAAAAAAAAACAAACCUUGAAAAUCUUAACAGUUUCGUCUCAAUUUACUCACCUAUGGUACCUGUGUUGUAUUUUAUUUGCCUGUUGGAUUGUUAUGCAAGGGCAGAUGAAAUUGUACGAUGCUGGCCUAAUGUGAGAGAGGAACUGGGUAAGCUUGUUCAGGUUUAAGGCUGAUGUUCAGAAGUGACUGUCACCAAAUCAGCUCAUGCAGGCCUGCAAGCAAGGGGUUAAAUCGGUGGAGUUUGGCCCAUGAGCUCUCCAAGAUUUGGCUGGAGUAGUUUAAGAAUUACUGCCCCUGCAGCAGGGUUUGUGAAUAGAAGCAUGAAAAUGCCUCACAGCUUCAGUACGAAAUCCAUUGAUUUAACUUAAAUUUGUAGGAGCUGGUUUUUAAGAUACUUUACCAGACUUUGCACAGAAGCAGCUGAGAAGAGUUUACGUACUCCAUCCCACUGACUUAGCUGUAGGGAUUUUUAACAAGCAAUUGAAGGGCAGUGGUAUGUCAGACCGCCACAGCUCUGUCAAAGCCCUCUUGAGUCCAUCAACAAAUCUGGACAAUUCAUAGGGAGAAAUACCAAGAUGAUUAUUUCACUUGGAAUCUGAACUAAAUAGUUCAACAUGUGGCAGCAUGCAAUGAAGUCAGAUGCAAGAACAAGCUUCUUGCAGUCUUUCUUUUUCUAAGCAAAAUUGAUAUUGCACUUACCAUGAGAACUUUCGGCUGAUGUACAAGCUGUAUAGUUUACUAAAGACAUUCCACCCAAAAGACGAUGUCAAAACAGCUUAGCAUCUGAACGGCUUAACUUGUGAACGCCAGCCAUGAUUCUGUAUGUGAUGCACUAUAUCUCCGUAUGUUCUGUUUGCAUGGUGAGUGAUGGGCACUGUGAACAGCACUGGUUUGCUCUAACUUUUGCUAUGCCAAUUCUAUGGAAUUUUUAACGAGUUGGGGUUGUUUUUGGUUUU